CGGCAGCCGGCCAGCACAUACACCUCGACGCCUCCGACCCGGACCGCAACCUCCACAAACAACGCGGCGAUUACAAUACGCCCUGCUGGGUCGCGCCUCCACGUUCCUUCAGUUACCACCGCACACCAAAAUCACCACUCGGCACCUUUGCCAUUUCGCCCAUAGACCCUGUUUUAAUCCAGCGUUCCCGCUCUCGCAUCGCAAAAUCCAAAUCCCCUAGACUCGACCUCGAUACCCUCCUCGUUCACUGUGUCUUUCGCGUCAAGAGAUGACCGCGCCUUAAGCUACUUUUUCGACACUCCCUUAGACCUCCGCCCCCUAGCCGCGAAACAUCGCCAUGGAGACCGUAGCUUCUCCCCUGUCGGCGACCAGCGCAAACGGCACCUCGCCCGUGGCCGCCUCGGCCCUGAGCAAUACAGUCGACCCUUCUCUCGUGCUCGACUACCUUGCGUCGGUCGUCGGCAUUGCUCUGGGCUCAACUCGCGAGGAGCUCGAGCGGCCGGGAAACCUGCUCUCACCAGAUCUCCACAGUGAUACCCUCCAGAGAUGUUCUCGCUUCGCCACCGACUCGCAGGUCGCGCUAUACAUUCAGAAGGAGGCCGUCGUGCCCGAAGAUGUGUCCGAUGACCUGGACGGCGAAGUCUCGACCUCGUACAUCUACUCGAUCACGUCCGAAUUCACGUCCUCCUCGUCCAUCGUCGCAUACCUGGCGCUUCUCAAGCGCCCGCAAGCGAUCGACCCGUCUCUACCUCUUUCCUCGCAGAUUCAGAUCCAGACCCUGCCGGGAACCGCUUCGCUCAACAGUCUUGUCGCCGACCAAGGCCCUUCCGCUUCUCCCUUUGAAAUUCUCCACUCUAUAGUUCAUAAUGCGCUGGCGCCUUACUUCGAUGCCAACACCAAGACUACUCAGAACGUCAACGGCGCCCGGAGCCGCGCUGAUGUCGACGCGAAGACGGGCAUCCCGGUCACGAAGAAGCGGAUGACGGAGCUCGAGCUCAGCUUGCUGCACCUGCAGCAGAAUGUCGAGAUCCCCGAGCUCUCGCUGUCUUUCCACCCAGUGGUGCAGGCAGCGCUCGACGACGCUGCGAUGCGCAACAUGAAGCCGACGACCGACUUCAUCGAUAGCAGCCUUCUGUCCGACAGCUCUUUUAUGAACAACCUGCAGUCGACGGUCAACGGCUGGAUCAAGUCUAUCCAGGCCAUCACAAAACUCACGCGGGAUCCGGUGACCAGGACGGCCACGCAGGAGAUCAACUUCUGGCUGUCCAUGGAGUCCGCGCUGGAGGGCAUCGAGGCUCAGCUCCGCAGCGAAGGAGUGAUGUUGACGCUGGAAAUCCUCAAGCACGCCAAACGUUUCCAGGCAACUGUCAGCUUUACCGCAGACACGGGUCUGAAGGAGGCCAUGGAGAUGGUGCAAAAGUACAAUCAGCUCAUGCGCGACUUUCCCUUGGAUGAGCUCCUCUCUGCGACUUCCUUGCCCAAAGUCCAGGACGCGAUCGCACAGAUCUUUGGCCACAUGAACAAGAAGAUGAGAUUCAGCACGUACCCGAUUGCCCGGACGCUCCAUCUCGUCGAGGCGGUCUCGGCAGAUCUAGAGGAGGUCGUGCAUCGCCUGCUUCCAGGCGCAGAGCUGGUCGACUUGGACUACAAGGACUUCAAAAAUCUCAUGGUCACUGCUGACGAGAUCUUCAAGUCCUGGGACGCCCAGAUCAAAGAGUUCACCAACAUUGCGCGUGAGACGACCCGCAGACGGCAGGAGAAGUUCAUCCCGAUCAAGGUCAACCCGAAGCAUAGUGAGCUGCAGGCACGUCUGAAGUACAUCGACACCUUCCGCGACAACCAUGAACAGUUGCAGCGUACCAUUGUCAAUGUGCUCGGACCCAAGGCCACCGUCAAUGGCGUGAGCGAGGAGCCCACCUCCGACGGCGUCGCUCUGGUCGAAGAGAUGGGCGACGUUGACGCAGUUGAGGAGGCAUGGGAGGCUCUCAAGAACGUCGACCUCCUGGAUGUCACGCCAGAGGGCACCCAGCGAUGGGUCAAAGCCGAGAACACCUACAAUGAGCGCACUUCUCGUGUUGAGAACUCGAUCAUUGCUCGCCUCAGAGAUCGGCUUGCCACGGCAAAGAAUGCAAACGAGAUGUUCCGCGUCUUCUCGCAGUUCAACGCCCUCUUUGUUCGGCCCAAGAUCCGGGGUGCCAUUGCUGAGUAUCAGAAUCAGCUGAUCGAGAACGUCAAACAAGCAAUCUCAGCUUUGCACGAGCGCUUCAAGCAGCAAUACGGUCACUCUGAAGCACAUGCCAUGGCUCAGUUGCACGAUCUUCCCCCCGUCUCUGGUGCCAUCAUUUGGGCACGUCAAAUCGAGCGGCAACUUGACGGCUACAUGAAGAAGGUCGAGGACAUUUUGGGUAGCGACUGGGCGCUGCACACAGAAGGCCAGAAGCUCCAGACCGAGAGCGAGCUGUUUCGCAAGAAGCUCAACACGCAAGCAAUCUACAAAGCUUGGAUUGAAGACGUGCAGCGCAAGCAGAUCACCAUUGCUGGUCGUCUCUUCAACAUCAACAAGGUCCGAGCCGCUAACAAUGCUCUGGACCUGUCGGUCAAUUUUGACGCGCAAAUCAUCGCUCUGUUCAAGGAAACACGGAAUCUCGGCUGGCAGAACUUCAAUGUGCCCAACUCGGUCAACAAUGUCGCCAAGGAGGCCAAGCGUGUUUACCCCUACGCAGUCAGUCUAAUGGAAAGUGUGCGCACGUUUGCGCAGACGACACGACAGAUCUCCGAGAUGCCUGACGUGGCCAUUCUCCUCAGCGGCUACCAGAACGAAGUCCACGUCCUCAUCGCAAAAGGCGUGCCGCUCAAGUGGGAAACGUUUGUCAACACGUGGGAGUCGUACCAGAAGCCAUUCCUGCCCAACGGCGCACUCGACCACACUCUCGGUCGCGGCAGUGAGAGCAAACAUGUGCUGUUUGUGAGAGAGUUCGCGGCUGCUGCUUCAUUGCUGCAGUCCAAGACCAUCGCCCUGGCUGUCAUCAGCGCCAACAUCCAGAAGGCUCUUGCGGAACUGGCCACCUGCCCUUACGAAGCCUCUGAGUUCGCCGCCCGGUUGCAAACUAUCCAAGCAGCUGUCGAUCAGCUCAACCUGGAGCAAUACGUCAACCUCGGUUUCUGGGUAGAGAGAAUGAACGAGAAGAUCAAGCUGACCCUGCUCGCGAGACUUCAGCGGGCGAUCUCGACAUGGAUCGAGGCUUUCGAGGACGAGACGCCCAUCGAUCAGCUCGAGAAUAAGCGACGGAAGCAGGUCGCACCCACGGGAGAGCCUGUAAAGAGCGACACGCCAAUCAUGGCUAAGCUCGUGCAUGAGAUUACAAUGCGCAACCAAGUCAUCUAUCUCGACCCGCCCUUGGAGUAUGCUCGAGCCAGCUGGUUUGAACACUUGCACGACUGGGUCGGGAUUGUCUGCAACUUGCCCAAGAUCAAGGCAUCUCGCUACCAGAUGAGCCUUACGCUGGGUACGCUCGUCCACGAGGAGGCCCGCUUCGAUGAGCUUCCAGCCGACUGCACAGACAUCCUGGGCAGAUCCAUGGAGAAGAAGCUCACCGGGAUCAGUGAGUACGUCGACAAAUGGCUCCAGUUCCAGUCGCUCUGGGAUCUGCAGUCCGAGCAGCUGCUGGGCGACGAGCUGUCCAAGUGGUUGCAGCUUCUCCAGGAAAUUCGCAAAUCGCGUGCGACAUUCGACACCACCGAGGUCAGUCGUGCCUUUGGCCACAUCAUCAUCGACUACGACCAGGUGCAGCUCAAGUACGACCAGUGGCAGCACGAGAUCUUGAUCAAAUUCGCCGGCCGCCUGGGCACGCGCAUGCGGGAGAUUGAGAAGGCUCGCAAGGACCUCGAAAGCCAGAACCUCGAAGCCACAUCCACUGCACACGCUGUCCAGUUCAUCACCAUUCGGCAGGUCAAGCUGUGGGCGCCCGAAGUCGAGACUUUCCGCCAGGGCCAGUCCACGCUCCUCCCAGCGGAUUGGCAGGUCGACUCGUCGUGGGAGUCGCUGAAUGAACUUCUCACGAGGAAGGCCAAGAUCACUGAUGCGCUCAAGGCCAAGAUUGUGGCUGAGGAUCAGGUCGUGAUCAACGAGAUUGCUACGCAGUGGAACGAGGAGAAGCCGGUCUCUGGCACGAUUGCACCUGAAGUUGCCUCUUUCGAGACCCGCAUCACCAAGCUGCAGGAGGAGUCAGAUAUGGCUAAGGAAGCUCUGGAUUUGCCGGCCAGUCCAGAGUCGUCACUGGCGGUCAUCCUCGAGGAAGUCCACGACUUCAAUCUGUCUACAAUCUGGAAGAGCCUCAAUGAGCUCCGUGAGACGCUCUGGGGCAGCAUCCGUGGCUCUAUCGACGGUCUCAUCAAGAUGACAAAGGAGAUGCCCAGCAGAAUGCGCCAGUACGCCGCGUUUGAGCACAUUCAGAACAUUCUCCGCCAGCACCUCAAGUCGGAAGCGAUCCGAGACCGCCACUGGGCUAAGAUCUGGAAGGAGAUCAAGCCGGGCAGGCGGUACUCGCCAGUGUCCAUGACCCUCGGAGAUGUGUGGGAUCUGAACCUCGUCGCUACCGAAGUCAUUGGUGAGAUGGCGCUCGAGGAGUUCCUCAAGCAAACCUGGAACAACUACCAGCUCGAGCUUGUGCCUUAUCAGAACAAGUGCCGCCUCAUCCGUGGCUGGGACGACCUCUUUGCCAAAUGCAGCGAGAACCUGAACUCUCUCCAAGCCAUGAAGCACUCUCCGUACUACAAGGAGUUUGAAGAGGAGGCGUCAUCGUGGGAAGACAAGCUUAACCGCGUCCAUGUCCUGUUUGAUGUGUGGAUUGACGUCCAGCGUCAAUGGGGUGUCUUCACGGGUAAUGCCGACAUCAAGCACCUUCUCCCCAUUGACGAGUUCAUGGCGGUCAUGAAGAAGGCGCCUAUGGUCAUGGACGUGCUCGCCAUUGCUGGUUCUCUGGAGCGUCUCGCCGAGCUGCUCAACAAGAUUCAAAAAGCUCUUGGUGAGUAUCUCGAGAAGGAGAGAGUAUCCUUCCCUCGCUUUUACUUCGAUCUGCUCGAGAUGAUUGGUAACAGCAAUGACACCUUGCGUAUCGCCAAGCAUUUCAAGAAGAUGUUUGCUGGCCUCAACGGACUUGUCAUGGAUGACGAGACAACCAUCUCGGGCUUCACCUCCAAGGAGAACGAGGUCGUCCGCCUCAAGAAGGAGAUCUCGCUGGCGAAGGUGCCUCGCAUCAACGACUGGCUCGCUCUUCUCGAGAACGGCAUGAAGGCCACCCUUGCUGAGCUUCUGGCGGAAGCUGUAGAUGCUUACACGCCGAUCUUUGAAUCCGAGACGAUCGAUCAGUCUGCCCUCAAUGACUUUAUGGGUGGCUUCCCCAGUCAGAUUGUGGUGCUUGCCACUCAGGUCGUCUGGACUACCGCUGUAGAACGCUCCCUUACCGAUGGUGGGAAAACUUUGCAGACCCUCUUCGAGCGCGAAGUCCAGGUUCUGGGUAUGCUCGCGGAGACUGUUCUGGGCGACCUCGAGGUCAUUCUGCGCAAGAAGUGUGAGGCCUUGAUCACAGAGUGCGUCCACCAACGAGAUUGCAUUGAGAAGCUCGUCAAGCUGCAGGCAACCACGCCGACACACUAUUUUUGGCUGCUUCAGAUGCGUUACGUCUACAGCCCCGAGGGCGACUUCCUGCAACGCCUGCACAUCAAGAUGGCCAACGCCAAGCUCAACUACGGUUUUGAAUACCUGGGUGUGCCCGACCGUCUCGUGCGGACGCCCCUUACUGAUAGGUGUUUCCUCACCCUCACCCAAGCCCUGUGCCAGAGACUCGGUGGAUCGCCCUACGGUCCUGCUGGUACCGGCAAGACAGAAUCCGUCAAGGCGCUUGGUGUGCAGCUCGGUCGCUUCACUCUUGUCUUCUGCUGUGACGACACCUUUGAUUUCCAGGCCAUGGGUCGCAUCUUCCUCGGUAUCUGCCAGGUUGGUGCCUGGGGCUGUUUCGAUGAGUUCAACCGACUUGAGGAAAGGAUCUUGUCUGCCGUGUCCCAGCAGAUCCAAAACAUUCAGCUCGGUCUCAAGCAGGGCUCUGAGGAUGACAAGGCGCAAAUCGAGCUUGUUGGCAGGCAGCUGCGCGUCAAUGCCAAUACUGGCAUUUUCAUCACCAUGAACCCUGGCUAUGCUGGCCGUUCAAACUUGCCAGACAACCUCAAGAAGCUGUUCCGCAGUGUCGCCAUGUCAAAGCCCGACAAGGAGCUCAUCGCCGAGGUCAUGCUCUACUCGCAGGGUUUCAACGAGGCCAAGCAAUUGUCCAAGAACACGGUGCCUUUCUUCGAUCAAUGCUCCAAGAAGCUGUCCAAGCAAGCGCAUUACGACUUCGGUCUGCGUGCGCUCAAGAGUGUCCUCGUCAGCUCUGGUGGACUCAAGCGUGCCAGAUUGACCAACCCCGACGGUACCCGCAACGAGACCCUGGUCGUCAAGGAGCCUGAGAUCAUUGUACAGAGCAUCCGGGAGACCAUUGCGCCCAAACUCAUUCGCAGCGAUGUGGAGAUUAUGGUUGACAUCGAAGAGGACUGCUUCCCUGGCGUGCAGUACGUUCCUGCCAACCUGCAAGCGCUCGAAGAGGCAAUCCGCCGGCUUGCAGGCGAGAGACACCUUGUCGUCACCGAUACGUGGAUGACCAAAAUCCUGCAGCUGUUCCAGAUCCAGAAGAUUCACCACGGUGUCAUGAUGGUUGGUAACUCGGGCACAGGCAAGUCUGCGGCUUGGAGACUUCUCCUUGAUGCUCUGCAGCAGGUCGAGGGCGUCGAAGGCGUAUCUCACGUUAUUGACUCCAAGGUCAUGUCCAAAGAGGCACUCUACGGUAACUUGGACUCAACCACCAGAGAAUGGACAGACGGUCUGUUCACUAGCAUUCUGCGCAAGAUUGUGGACAACCUGAGAGGCGAGGACUCAAAGCGGCACUGGAUCGUAUUUGAUGGCGAUGUUGACCCUGAGUGGGUCGAGAACUUGAACAGUGUGCUUGAUGACAACAAGUUGCUUACGCUCCCCAAUGGCGAGCGCCUCAACCUACCGGCAAACGUCCGCAUCAUGUUCGAGGUCGAGACUCUCAAGUACGCCACCCUCGCCACUGUCAGUCGCUGCGGUAUGGUCUGGUAUAGUGAGGACACCGUCACCUCAACAAUGUUGGUCGACAACUACCUCGACACUCUCAGGACUGUUCCCUUUGAGGACCUCGACGAGGAUACUGCCGCUGCUGGCCAGAGCCCUGUGAAGACCCUGCAGAUCCAGAGUCAGGCGGCCGACCUGCUCCAAGCCCACAUGAUGUCUGACAACUUUAUCCUGGAAGUACUCAAAGAGGCUGAAGGUUAUAACCACAUCAUGGACUUUACCGUUGCUCGUGUCCUCAACACGCUGUUUUCUCUCCUCAACAAAGCCGUUCGCGACAUGAUUGAGUACAAUGCUCAGCAUUUUGACUUCCCGCUUGAUCCAGAGCAGGUCGAGGCAUUUGUUUCCAAGAAGCUUCUUCUGGCUCUGGUGUGGGCACUGACUGGAGACUGCCCCCUGCUCGAUCGCAAGGCUUUCGGCGACAAAGUCGGCGCACUUGCUAGCUUCGGCUCUCCGCCUCUUGAUGGCACGAGCUCGCUCAUUGACUUUGACGUGUCGCUGCCUCGGGCAGAGUGGACGCCUUGGCAGAACCAGGUCCCGACCAUUGAAGUCAACACGCACUCAACGGAUGUGGUCAUCCCGACUCUCGACACUGAUGUGCUCUACUCGUGGCUAGCCGAGCACAAGCCGCUGCUGCUCUGUGGUCCUCCCGGUUCCGGAAAGACGAUGACGCUAUUCAGCGCCCUCCGCAAGCUCCCUAACAUGGAGGUUGUUGGCUUGAACUUCUCGAGCGCUACGACUCCAGACCUCCUCAUCAAGACAUUCGAGCAGUAUUGCGAGUACAAGAAGACACUGAAUGGUAUUGGACGCUGGCUCGUCAUCUUCUGCGACGAGAUCAACUUGCCAGCCCCUGACAAGUACGGCACGCAGCGCGCCAUCUCCUUCCUGCGCCAGAUGGUCGAGCAUAAUGGUUUCUGGCGGACAUCGGACAAGGUCUGGGUAACUCUCGACCGCAUCCAAUUUGUCGACGCAGGCCGCACACCUCUGGGCGCAAGAUUCCUCAGGCAUGCUCCUCUCAUCAUGGUUGACUACCCCGGAGAGCUAUCGCUGAUGCAGAUCUACGGGACAUUCAACACUGCUAUAAUCCCAGCACUGCCCAUGGUUCGGUUCUACCUCGAAUCGCAGCAGCGCUUCACACCCAAGAUCCAGCCGCACUACCUUACUCGCUGGGUCCGCGCAAUCAAGCCGCUCGAGUCGCUGACUAUCGAGGGACUCGUCCGCAUUUGGGCUCAUGAAGCACUCCGACUCUUUCAAGAUCGCCUGGACGAGCGCCAGUGGACAGAUGAAGCCGUGCGCAGAAUCGCGCUCGAGUUCUUCCCGACUAUUGACGAGUCCAAGGCUCUUGGUGGACCCAAUUAUGUCCCCGUUGACCACUUCGUCAAGGCUCGUCUCAAGACAUUCUGUGAAGAAGAGGUCGACGUUCCUCUUAUCCUGUUCAACGAAGUUUUGGAACACGUGCUCCGCAUUGACCGUCCUCAGGGUCACUUGAUCUUAAUCGGUGUCAGUGGCAGUGGUAAGACUACACUCUCGAGAUUUGUGGCCUGGAUGAAUGGCCUCAAGAUCAAGUACUCGGCAGAGGACUUCGACGACGACCUGCGUGAUGUCCUCCGCCGCUGUGGCUGCAAGGGCGAGAAGAUUUGCUUCAUCAUGGACGAGUCCAACAGAAUGAACACAUUGCUCGCCAACGCCGAGGUCCCAGGCGACGACUUGGCCGCCUUGAUGACUGCCUGCAAGGAAGGCCUGCUUCUCGACUCACAGGAGGAACUCUACAAGUGGUUCACUGGACAAAUCGUCAAGAACUUGCAUGUUGAUGGCCUGUCGUCCAAGGCUGCUACCAGUCCCGCCUUGUUCAACCGUUGCGUCCUCAACUGGUUCGGCGACUGGUCCGAUCAGGCAUUGUACCAGCUCACGUACUCGAUCGAUCUUGACAAGCCAAACUUCGUGGCGCCGGACAGCAUCCCGGUCGCGUAUCGCGGGCUCAAUCUGCCGCCAUCUCACCGCGAGACUAUCGUCAACUCGAUGCGCUUCAAUACCAAGCUACAAAAGCAGCAGGGCAAGGUCACCUUCCUUACACCUCGCCACUUCUUGGACUUUUACGUCAAGCUGUACAAUGAAAAGCGAGAGGAUCUUGAGGAGCAGCAGCGCCAUCUCAACCUUAAGGACACUGUCGAGAAGGUGCGGGAUCUGAGGGUCAGCCUGGCGGAGAAGAAGACACAGCUCGAGGCGAAGGAUGCAGAGGCGAAUGAGAAGCUACAGCGUAUGAGAGAGGCUGAACAGAGGAAGAACACGUCUCUAGAAAUCCAGGCGGCGCUGGAGAAGCAGGAGAGCGAGGAGGUUGUACUCAACGACUUGGCUCGAGCAGAGCCCGCUGUCGAGGCUGCAAAGGCCAGUCGUCAACACCUCACAGAAGUCCGCUCCAUGGGCAACCCGCCACAGGGUUCAGUAUGUACGCUGCUUGGCCAUCCCAAGGUCGACGACUGGCGUAACGUGCAGGCCGAUGAUUUCAUUGCCAGCAUUGUCAACUUUGACAACGAGAAGCUCAUGACCAAGUCUCUGCGGACGCAGAUGCGCACAAAGUAUUUGAACCAGGAGGACUUCACUUUCGAAAAGGUAAACCGUGCCAGUAAAGCCUGUGGUCCACUCGUGCAGUGGGUCGAGGCCCAGAUCCUGGAUCGCGUCGGCCCUCUGAGAGAGGAAGUCGACCAGCUUGAGGACCAGGCACUUCAGACCAAGGCCGAAGCCAAGGCUGUCGAGAACACCAUUGUCACUCUUGAGCAAAGCAUCGCGACUUACAAGACCGACGAGACUCAGGCGAUCAAGGCAGAGAUGUUGCGCGUCCAGUCCAAGGUCGACCGCAGUGUCCGUCUGCUUGACAGCCUGUCGUCUGAGCGCACGCAAGGCAGCAAAUCUUUCGAGACUCAGAUCAAUACUCUCGUCGGAGAUGUCCUUGUCGCUGCCGCUUUCCUGGCUUACAGCGGUCUUUACGAUCAGACCUUCCGAAAGUCGAUGAUGGAAGACUGGCUACACCAGCUCCACCUCUACAAGCAGCACAACCCGAUGACCGAAUACCUGUCUACGGCAGACGAGCGGCUCGGCUGGCAAGAGAACACACUGCCUAACGCAAUCAUACUGCAGCGCUUCAACCGUUACCCUCUCAUCAUCGACCCGUCUGGUCGUUUCCUCCAACGCGAGUGCAAAGAUCGUCGCCUCACGGUCACGAGUUUCCUGGACGACUCCUUCACCAAGCAGCUCGAGAGUUCUCUUCGUUUCGGUAACCCCAUCCUCAUUCAGGAUGCCGAGCAUCUAGACCCUAUUCUCAACCACGAGUACCAGAAGACUGGUGGUCGUCUCGGGAAGCAGCAGAUUGAUUUCUCGCCGUCCUUCAAGAUCUAUCUCUCGACACGCGAUCCAUCGGCCACUUUCCCGCCCGAUAUCUGCUCUCGUACCACCUUCGUCAACUUUACUAGCAGCUUGCAGACUCAGUCACUUAAUGAUGUGCUGAAGUCUGAGCGACCCGACCGGCGGUCCAACCUCAUCAAGCUUCAGGGCGAGUUCAAGCUCGAGAAGCGUCUCCUCCAGGCCCUCAAUGAGUCGCGCGGCAACAUCCUCGAUGACGACAAUACGCUGGAGACGCUCAAGACUGAAGCUGCCGAGAUCUCGACCAAGAUGAGCAACACCGAGGGUGUCAUGGCCGAGGUGGAGGAAAUUACCCAGCAUGCCGUCUUUGCUCUGCACUACCUGAACCACUUCUACCAGUUCUCGCUGCAGUACUUCCUCGACAUCUUCCACUCGGUCCUGCAUGGCAACAAGAACCUGGCCAACGAGACAGACUUCAACCUUCGCAGGGACAUCAUCAUCAAAGACUUGUUUGUCACCACGUACAAGCGGACCGCUCUCGGUUUGUUGCAGAAGGAUCGGAUUGCUCUUGCCAUGCUCCUUGCCCAAGCCUCGCCAUACAAUAUGGACAAGGGCCUGAUUGACGUCAUCCUCGAUGGCCGUGUCGAGGGUGUCGAUCUGUCGACACACACUGACGCCAAGGACGCGGCCUUUGUCAACGCAAAGAAGCUGCCUGCUCUCAAGGACAGGCUGGACAAUGUUCCUGCCGACAUGUGGGACAAGUUCCUCACCGAGGAGUUGGCCGAGAAUUAUGUUCCCCAGAUCUGGGAGUCUGACGCCGAGCCCGCCGACCGUGCUCUUCUCUCGCUGUUGCUUGUCAAGAUGUUCCGCCUCGACCGCUUCGUGCCUACCGCUGAAGCAUUCGUCACAUCAGUCUUUGGCGAAGGCUUGUUCGAUAUUGUUGAAGAUCUCAAGUCGACCGUUGAUCAAGUCUCGUCGACCCGACCAAUCUCGCUUACUUCAAGCCCGGGCUUCGAUGCUAGUUACAAGGUCGACAGCCUUGUGGAGCGUAUGCGCGUGCGGUGCAACAACAUUGCCAUGGGUUCGAAUGAGAGCGUGGCCAGCGCGGACAAGGCCAUCAGCAACGCCGCCCAGGUCGGCAGCUGGGUCCUGGUCAAGAAUGUGCAUCUCGCGCCCACGUGGCUGCAGUCGCUGGAGAAGAGGAUGGAGUCGCUCAACCCGCACUCGGACUUCAGGCUGUUCCUGUCCAUGGAGUCGAGCCCCAAGAUCCCCGUCAACUUCCUCCGUGCCUCGCGCGUCCUCAUGUAUGAGCAGCCGGCUGGUGUCCGUGCCAAUAUGAAGGACUCGAUCUCAUCCCUCUCGACGCGUGCGUCGCGGAGCCCCGUCGAACGCGCCAGGUACGAAUGCUCUGCCUUCAUCAUCGACACCUGGGUCGACACAGUCGCCCAGAGCCGAUCCAACAUUGCCCCUCAGAACAUCCCCUGGGAAAUGAUCCGUUAUCUCGUGCGCGAGAUGUACGGCGGCAAGAUUGAUGACGAGGAAGACUUUAAGCGCUUGACCGAACUGGUCGACUCUCUGCUGACCCCAGCGGCGUUUGACCUCGAGCACAAGCUGGUCGAGAGCUCCGAGAAGGAGGCCGGGCUCGUCGUGCCUGCAGGCACCACGAUGCAGGACUUCUCUGCGUGGGUGCACAAGCUGCCUGAGCGCGAGCCGCCCACCUACCUGGGCCUGCCGGCUAAUGCGGAGAAGCUGCUGCUCGUGGGUCUGGGUAGGAACCUGAUGCAGAACCUCAAGAAGGUGACGGAGCUGCUGGACGAGGGAGAGCAGCUGAUCGACUGA